GGCGCCGCCGCCUGAUUGGGAUGCUUUGUAUCUGGAGAGGCGCUCCUGAUUGGCCUGAGGGGCCCCCCAGCUCCGGGGAGUUGUCCUCCAUUCAGCCCACUCAAGGGCUGCACAACUGCUUCCAGCCGGACGGAGCUCGGCCGGCUGUGCCGGGGCCUGUCCCAGGUCUGCAGCGGGGAACCUGCCGGGCCACGUUGGUCGGGCCCCGGCCGGCACCUUUGGUCAGUUCGGUGUCCUUCCCCGGAGCUGCCAGCCACCAGCAGAGCCCACCCUCUUCAUGGAAAGCUUCGUGCGGUGGCCCCCUGGUGAUGGCAUCUGACAGUGAUGUGAAGAUGCUGCUGAACUUCGUGAACCUGGCGUCCAGCGACAUCAAGGCAGCCCUGGACAAGUCUGCGCCCUGCCGACGCUCCGUGGACCAUCGCAAGUACCUGCAGAAGCAGCUCAAACGCUUCUCUCAGAAGUAUUCCCGGCUCCCUCGGGGCCUUCCGGGCAGGGCCACAGAGCCCUACCUGAAAAGGGGGCCUGACGACCGGCCCGGGAGGCUGCUCCUCGAUUUGGGCCCUGAUUCCAGCCCUGGCGGGGGUGGGGGCUGCAAGGAGAAGGUGCUGAGGAACCCCUGCAGGGAGGAAUGUCUUGCUAAGGAGCAGCUCCCCCAGGGGCAGCAACCAGAAGCUGCCCGGCCUGGCCAGGUGCCCAUGAGGAAAAGACAGCUGCCUGCCUCCUUCUGGGAAGAGCCGAGGCCCACCCACAGCUACCAUGUGGGGCUGGAGGGGGGACUGGGCCCCAGGGAGGGAUCUCCCUAUGAGGGUAAGAAAAAUUGCAAGGGCUUGGAGCCCCUGGGGCCUGAGACUGCCUCAGUGCCCAUGUCUCCAAGCGCCCUGGCUGAAAAGGAGUCACUCAAGAUGCCGGGGGUCUCCCUGGUGGGCCGCGUCAAUGCCUGGAGCUGUUGCCCCUUCCAGUACCAUGGACAGCCCAUCUACCCAGGCCCUCUGGGGGCCCUGCCUCAGAGUCCUGUCCCCAGCCUGGGCCUGUGGAGGAAGAGCCCGACCUUUCCUGGGGAGCUGGCGUACCUCUGCAAGGAUGCGGACGGCCUGGGGCAGAAGGUGUGCAGGCCUAUGGUGCUAAAACCCAUCCCCACCAAGCCGGCCAUGCCCCCACCCAUCUUCAACGUCUUUGGUUACCUCUAGGCGGGCUGAGAGGGCCUCAGCCCCCACCUCUGGCCUGCAGGAGUGUGGAGGUCCCCAAGGCGCUCUCCUGUGAGGAGGUGGCUGGUCCAUGGUGUGGCCUCUUCCUUUUGUGUAUGUGUGGGAGGACUGGGGCCGGGCUCCUCAGGGAGACACCUUCCGGCCUUGCAGCCUUGGAAGCUGUGGGGCUGGGCCUGGUCGGCCCCUCCCCAAGCAGGCCAGGGCCCAGCAGCUCAUCCUGCUGUCCCUGUGCUAAACAUGGGUGGGGGGAUGGUGCCCUUCAUUCCCACCACCCCAGAAGCCAGAGUUACACAUCUGUUCACCUGCCACCCACUGUGUGAGCCAAUCUCAGUUGUUGUUCUUCUUGUUCUUUGUACAUAUUGAGAAAGUUGAAAGAAUAAAGACAUUUCUUUUGGA